AUGAAACCAGCCACCGAGACUGAUGCUCUCCGCGCGAUUAUCGAGGCUCCUGACAUUGGCGGUAUCUGGCUCCCGGUUCCGGCUAUUUACUACGAGGAGAUUGCUGAAGCGGCCGAGGAGCCGAUGUCAACGCGCAGUAUCCGCAACGCAGCCAAUAUCGUCAACGCAGCGACCAUCUAUUCUUUUGGCAUAUGCACUACCUUCAGUGGUGCCGGCGAGGACGACAUCCUUGAGGAAAUAACUUUCCUACUCGACAUUAUCGCGUCAGGCAGUUUAUCAACCAUUUCAACAUAUGAGCCGUGA